AGCAUUCUUAACAGUGUUCUUCUAAGUUUCUCUCAGAAUGUUGUACAAGUCCCUCGUCUCUUUAAGCCUUGCCUCUGUUGCUCUCGCUCAUGGCGACCAUGGCCAUGACCAAGAGCCUAUGUCAGGUCCUCACCAAGGUCUCUGGUACAACACCCUUCCCGGCGAUGGCGGCACUCAGGCCGACUCCGUCUUCUCCGGUAUCAGCACCUUCGGCCGUCUUCCAUACCAGCCAUGCUUGAAGGCAAACAGCAUCAAGUAUGACAUUGCUUUCAUCGGUGCUCCGUUUGAUACAGGUACUUCUUACAGACCUGGUGCUCGCUUCGGACCUUCCGGUAUUCGCCAAGGCUCCCGAAGACUCAACCUUUAUGGAGGUUACAAUGUACCUUUGGCUACCAACCCGUUCAACAGCUGGGCCACAGUUCUUGACUGCGGUGAUAUCCCAGUCACCUCGUACGACAACCAGUGGGCGCUUCGACAGAUCGAGGAAGGCCACUACAAUAUCCUCUCUCGCCCACCAGCCACAGAUGCAGACAAGUCUGGUCCGGCACUGAAGAGCAGGACUCUUCCUCGAGUUAUCACUCUUGGUGGUGACCAUACGAUCACACUGCCUCUCCUUCGAUCCAUCAACCGAGCCUACGGACCCGUGACAGUGAUUCACUUCGACAGUCAUCUCGAUACCUGGAAGCCCAAGGUUUUUGGUGGCUCCCCGUCAGAGGUCGCUGCCAUCAACCACGGCACAUACUUCUACCAUGCCGCUAUGGAAGGCCUUCUCCGUAAUGAUACCAACAUCCACGCUGGUAUCAGAACAACCCUCAGUGGUCCAAGUGACUACGAUAAUGAUGGCUAUUGUGGUUUCGAGAUCGUGGAGGCUCGAGAGAUUGACACCAUUGGCACUGAUGGUAUCAUUGAGAAGAUUCUGAAGCGUGUUGGUACUGAUCGCCCUGUUUACCUGUCCAUCGACAUCGAUACUUUAGAUCCAGCUUUUGCCCCUGCGACCGGUACUCCUGAGACUGGAGGUUGGUCUACCCGAGAGCUUCGAACCAUCAUUCGAGGAUUGGAAAGCUUGAACCUCAUUGCUGCAGACAUUGUCGAGGUUGCUCCUGCCUACGACACAAACGCUGAGCACACGACCAUGGCGGCCGCUGAUGUUCUCUACGAGGUUAUGUCUAUCAUGGUCAAGAAAGGACCUCUCAGCCGAAUGGUUGAGGGCAAGAAGGAAGAGGAGUUGUAAGUUGGUUGGCAACGGAGGUGCUGAUGAUCGACUGGCGCUGGACGUUACGUUCUAACUCCAGCGUUGUAAGGAUACACAUUGAAGAAUGCAAACUGGAUGGUUUGUUUUGUGAUGGAUUCUAUCCGAGCUUGUGAGCGAUUUCAACAGUACUUUAAAACAAAACAAUGUUAUAUGACAGAUUUUCUAAAUGUUGAACC